GUUUUCGCAAGUCGGCGAGCGCUACCUGCUACAUGGGACGAGCCCGCAGAGCGUGCUCGACAUUCUCCACCAAGGAUUCAGUGACAAGCUCGCCAGCCUCAGUGGCAUUUUUGGCGCCGGAAGCUAUUUCGCCGAAGAUCCGGAGAAAAUAGACCAGUACACACAGCCGGAUGGGGGCUACAAGACCACUGGCUUGGAGGAGCUGCAUGCGCAGCUCUUCGCCGAUGGGGGGAAUGUGCAUCCAGGAGAGGACAUCUUCUACUGCUUCGUGGUACGAGCGAUCUGUGGGGCGGCCCUGGUCACUGAAGGUUUGGAUCACGACAGGCUGAAGGAUGUCAACACCAACAAGCAGGUUUUCCUGCGGUCUGAUCGUCGGCAGCUCUGCCACAUCCCUGGUGCGACUCCGUCCAUUUCUUACCACACCCUCGUUGUGGACGUUGCGAAAAGGAAGGUCCCAACGUCUGUCCUCCGGUUUCGGGAAAUUGUCCUUUUUGAGGACACCCGCGUUUACCCGGAAUAUCUCAUUGCGUACCGCAGGGUCUGA